UUAGCGGGUAACAUCGUCGAGUGUACUACAGCUGGCGCUAAAGUUGCACCAGACGUCGUAGCAUGUUUAUAUUUCCUCUUUACGAGGCUUGAGUACGUGGUCGGAACACGAUGGUGGUCGAGGAGAAGAUGGAUUUCUCGAGAGAGAACGCGCUGCAGAACGACGUGACAGCGAAGGAGCCGAAAACGUAUUCUUUAGAAAUUUUGAAAAUAAUAAAGGAAGCCCAGCAGCAACAUGGCCUGCGGCACGGUGAUUACCAACGAUAUCGUGGUUACUGUUCAAGAAGACUCAGGAGACUGCGGAAGGUACUGAAAGUGCCACAGGGUGACAGACGUCACUUCAAGAGGAAAGACAUCACCCCUGUCAUGGUCAGUGAGGACAAAUUCUUGCAAGUGCCCUUGAUAAUGGCCGAACGUGCCUGGAGUUACGCGAUGCAACUGCGCCAGGAAUCUAAUACGGAACCGAGGAAAAAGUUUCAUCUGAUAUCGAGACUAAAGAAAGCAGCUGCGUAUUCCUUGCAGUUACAGGAUUUGAUAGAGAAAGUGAACUGCGACGCGCGCACCAAACUGGAAGCCCAGGCGUACGUGGCUUGGAUGAACGGUUCGCUGCAGUUCGAGCUGCAGCUGUGGAAACAGGCCAUGGAGAACCUGAAGAAGGCUCAGGUGGUGUACGGCAACCUGGCGUCCGCGUUGCCGGAGGCGGAGCAGGUCAUGUACAAGGCGCGGGUGGAGGAAUUGGCGCCCAGUCUGAGGUACUGCGCGUACAACAUCGGCGACACCAGCGCUAUAGACGAUCUCAUGCAGAUGCGCGGCCAGCUGAGCGGCGAGCUGAUGGCCAGCCUGGACUCCCUGAUCGCGCAGACGCGCGAGAAGCAGGCCAGCACGGAGGAGGUAACGUGGCGCGGCAAGUCGUGCGGGACCGUUCCGCCGAGGGCGGCCGGCUUGAUCAUCGCGGACUCCAGGCUGAAUCAAGCGCUGGAGAAAGCCGCGACCAAUCAGGCGAAGAUCGACCUGCUGGAAGCGCAUCUGAUCGACUGCAAGGACGCGCUGUUGGCGGUGCGCGAUCACUUCAAGAACGAGCUGAAGAGCCGUUGCGAGAGCAACGACAAGUGGUCGGCGCCGCAGCAUCUGAUCAAUUAUCUGCAGUACAUCCGGCUGUCGCGCACGCUGGAGCGCAACCUGGCGCUGGUCAGCGCGGCGGAGGAGUCCGAGAAGGCGAAGCCGCAGGAUAUCGUGCGGCUGUACGAGGCCGCUCUGCAUAACCUCGUGGAGAUCUCCCAGCUGCAGGAGGACGCGGACUUCUUGGAGGAGCAGACCGCGAAGACGAAGGGCUACCGGGCCUUCCGCUGCUACUACAUAGCCCAGUCGCUCGCCAAUCUUCACCGUUGGCGCGAAGCUAUGGCGCUCUAUCAGAGAUCGCUGCAGCAUGUGAGAGACGCGCUCAAGUACAGCCAGAUCCUGCCGGACGCCUUGAGGGCGGCCCUGUGCAAGCUGGAGGCCUCCGUGGAGGCCGCCCAGUACGCCGCCCACGCUCACAGCGUUCUCGAGGAUCACGAGGAGGAGGGUGGCACGAGCAAGCACGCCAAGAGCAAGAAGCCCAUGUACGAGCGCUUGCACGAGUACAGGGAGGACCCGGCGCUUCUCACCAAGCAGCCGAACGUCUACAAACUGCCGCCGCCGAUGCGCAGCAUCCCCUGCAAGCCCCUGUUCUUCGACCUGGCCUUCAACAUGGUCGAGUUCCCCGAUCUGUCGCACAAAAUGGGCGAUCAGGCCAAGAGGGGCCAGGCCGGCUUCGUCAGCGGCUUCGUCAAGGGUCUCUGGGGUUGGGGGAACAAAUAAAUAUCGUUUCGCGCGCGAUUCAAGGGUCGACAGGUUCUUGGACGCACGUAGACAGUACAACGCGGUGUAUCGUUUUAUAUGCCGUGUUCCUCUCUUUUUACGACAAGCCGGGCGCCGGAGCACUGUACCUCCGGUGUAUACGUAUAAAUGGGAUUUGCACUGUAACAAUAUUGCCGGGGAUGAAAAUAAAACGGAAUACUUGCUGUACA